UGCCCGGCUGCCGUGCGCGUCGGUUGUUCUGCGGGAGUACCGUAGUCGCGUCGUGUUACGAGAAAAACAUCAUUCUGUAGCCAAAGCAAAACCAGUGCCGUGGAUUACAUACAUAUUGUGCCCAUGUGAGAUUGUGCCAUUUUAAGUGAUGUUCCGUGAAUGAGAUGUUAUUGUGUUGGAUUACUUUUUGAAAAGAGUGGGACGGGUACCGCCUGCCGUCGCCGGACGUCUUUUCUCUCCGAUCUCGGGAUAUCAUUAAGAUACUAAAACGUUUUUUAAGAUUUUCCACAAUUUAUGGUAAAGAACAAGUAUACGGAAGUAAGGACAACAGAAGUAGGUUUUCAAAUUAAUUCCAUUAUUAAUAACACAACGCAAAAUCAAUUUGGACUUCAAAAAGCCCGUCGACGUCUCCGGUACGAAAUAUUUUCGGAAAUGGAAACGUUCCCCGUUGUCAAAGUACUGACAGACUGACAGGUACGGGGCCGUGGGAAUCUGACAGGAGGCAAAGACAAUAUAAUGUCAGUCUACAAUUUAUGUUAAAUCAAGAUGAUGCCGUAAUUUGAUCACAAACAAAUGAAGAUAUCAAACUGUAGACCCAAACAUCAGCCUGUUAUGAUGGGGCAGAAUAUUCUAGAACCACUGGAGAAGAAAGUCCUGAUCAAAAGGAAGAGUCUUUUAGAUCUCAAAUCCCUUCUAGAAGAUAGAGGGGGUACUAUAGAAGAUAGGAAAUCUAAUACUAGCAAUAAUAGAUUGUAUCGUUUAGACAAUAAAGUUAGUUUUGGUGAAACAACUGUGAGUGAUUAUGGUGAUAGGGAAAGGUGUAAGAGAAGGUAUUGGGGAGGAAGAUGGUGCUGUAGUAGGAUAAAGACUCUUAUGUACUUGUUAUUAGUGGUGAUUUUUGUUGAUACGAGACUGCUAGCUGAGGCGAGAAGUUCAGAACCAAGAUACGAAACGGCGUACGCGUGCGAAGGGAAGACGUUGAAGAUCGGCUGCGCGGAAGGCUCGGUGAUCCAUCUCAUCAGAGCCAACUAUGGCAGGUUCUCAAUCACCAUCUGCAACGACCAUGGCAACACCGACUGGAGCGUCAACUGCAUGUCAACGAGGAGCUUGCGGGUAUUACAUAGCAGAUGCAGCAUGCACCAGAAUUGCAGUAUAUUAGCGAGUACGAACAUGUUCGGUGACCCGUGCCCGAAUACGCUCAAAUACCUCGAGGCGCAUUACCAAUGUGUACCGGCAUCCACUACGAGUACGACGAACCGGCCAUCCCCACCCUGGCUGAUUACGUCACAGCCGACAGUCUGGAGAUCUACAUUACCCCCCAUACCGAAGAGCCCCGUGCAAACUCAGCAGACGGAGAGGAAGAAGCCCACCGUCAUCACGCCACCCACAUUCAGACCUCACAUCACUUUACCACCGGAAGUCAAGCUUGGAGACAUCGGAACUAAAAAAACAACGACACGACAACCGGAGUCUUCAUCGGAAAGGGAACCGCCGCAAAUCCCGCACGAGAAUGUUCCAGAAAAAGAGGAACCGAAAGUCAUCGAGUCUGAGCCGAAGAUUGAGAAACCUAAAGAACGAGAUGAUGGAAUACCACCGGUAACAGAAGAGACGAUGCAAUGGCCGUCGAAAGACGAAGACUCUGAUUCGACUUCUCCAGUUCAUAUGCCGCCUAAAGAAAACAGAACACCUGAUGUUGACGGUGAUAUAUUUGGCAACAAGAUCUAUUCUACCAGUUCUACACCCAACGCUGGCAGACGAGCAGCGUAUUGUCCGCAAGUGACAGCUCGCGGUUUGCACUGGAACUGGACGUUAGCAGGCCAGUACGCAGUCCAGCCCUGUCCUGGCGGCGCCACUGGAUUAGCAAGAUGGACAUGUACAGUAAGCUCUGAGUCCGUGGUGGAGGAGAGGCCACGCCGGCGCGGCGCACUCCCCUCCGGAGAGAACUACCAUGACCUCGGCCUGGACCAGCCCAGUGACCGACAACUGCAGAUCAUACGAAGACUGGGCUCUGAAGCUUUACUUAAAGGUAGUGAUGGUGACACGGCUGAGCAUAUGAUAGAUUAUCGCGGCGCAAGCGCAGCUGAAACACCACACAAUGUCCAAGUUGACGGGGACUUUGUUUACGGUGAGGGCAUGCCGGGGUGGCAUGGCGCGACACCAGACCUCAGCGAGUGCCGCUCCGUGUGGCUCAACAGCCUGGAAGCGAGGGUACGCGAGGGGGAGUCUCUGCUCAGUAUCAGCAAUGAUUUGGCACAGGUAACGUCAUCAAAGACGCUAUACGGAGGCGACAUGAUGACAACAACCAGCAUAAUGAAGAAACUGGCGCAGAGGAUGUCCCAGAACAUGCAAACUUUCCCCGACCCUCGACAGAGGGAGACCUUUGUUGCUGAUAUGCUGCUCGGAGUAAUCAAAACUGGAUCGAAUCUUCUAGAAGAAAGUCAACGAGCAUCCUGGUCGGAUUUGAGCACAGACGCACAGAACCGCGUAGCGAGCGCACUGCUCACACAACUAGAAGAGAAUGCUUUCCUUCUAGCAGAUGCUGUCACCAAAGAGAAGACUAUAUUGCAGAUUGUUAAGAAUAUAUGUCUCUCAGUCAGAGUAUUGGAAGUAAAGAGUGUUGAAGACGAAACGUUUCCGUCGAUCAUCGCUCAGGAGCAGUGGAAGGCUUCCGAGGACAUCAUCACUAUACCCAAGGCUGCUUUACUAGAUAACCGACAGAACGACUUAGUACGUAUCGUGUUCUUCGCUUUCGACCGCUUGGAGCAGAUCCUACCGCCGACUUUUGGUAAAAGUCCGCAGUUCGCGGCGCAUUCUUCGGAUAGUGCCUCCACCACCAUCAAUUCUGAACGCGAGAAGAACAACGUCUCUAGAGUUUUGAACUCUAAGGUGAUAUCGGCUAGUUUAGGUAACGGCCGUCAUAUACAACUCUCCCAGAUGGUGCGGCUUACCAUGAAGCAUCUAAAGAUAGAGAACGUCACUAACCCAGUUUGCGUUUUCUGGGAUUAUACUUUGCAUGGCUGGUCUCCGGAAGGUUGUCAGGUGGAGUGGUCUAACGCGACGCACACGGGCUGCGCGUGUUCGCAUUUGACCAACUUCGCCAUCCUCAUGGACGUGCACGGAGUAGCGCUCGGCCACCAGCACGAGCUGGCGCUGCGUCUGCUCACCCUCGUCGGCUGCGGGGUGUCUUCUGUCGCGCUGGUGGCCGCCGUCCUCGUCUUCCAGUGCUGCAGGAAUAUGAAGUCCGACCGCGUGCUGAUCCAUAAGCACCUGUGCUGGUGCCUGCUGGUGGCGGAGGUGAUAUUCAUGGUGGGCAUCGACCAGACCCAGGACAGGAUCCUCUGCGGCAUCAUCGCUGGUCUGCUGCAUUACUUCUUCUUGGCUGCAUUCGCUUGGAUGUUUUUAGAAGGUUUCCACCUGUACGCGAUGCUGGUGGAGGUGUUCGAGCCGGAGCGGGCGCGCGCGCGCUGGUACUGCGCCGGCGCGUACCUGGCGCCCGCGCUGGUGGUGCUGGCGGCGGCGGCCGCGCGCCCCGCCGGCUACGGCACGCCGCACGCCUGCUGGCUCUCCACCGACCACCUCUUCAUCAUGAGCUUCGUGGGGCCAGUGGCUCUCGUCGUCACGGCUAACUGGAUCUGCCUGGGCCUGGUGAUUUACAUGAUGUGCCAUCACACCAGUGUAUCAAUCAAAUCCAAAGAAAACUCGAAACUCUACAAAAUUAAGGUGUGGCUGAACACGUCGGUGGUGCUGGCGGUGCUGCUGGGGCUGACGUGGACCUUCGGGGUGCUGUACCUCAACGAGCAGACGGUGGCGAUGGCAUACGCCUUCACCAUCCUCAACUCGUUCCAGGGGCUCUUCAUAUUUGUAUUCCACUGCUUGUUGAAUGAAAUCUUCCAGAAGGAAUGCGGGCGCCUGGCGCGGCGCUACCCCUGGCUGGGGUGCUGCGUGCGCGCGCCGCCGCCGCCCGCCACCGCCUCCUGCAGCCACGCCGACUCGCGCCCGCCCUCCGCCAAGCCGCGCAGGCACCUCGCUGACGACGUCGUCGACCCCAGGGACGUCACGAACACUUCUUCUAAGCACCACGCGGGGAACACAUCGACUUUACCGCAUCACGACACACUAACACGCCAACUGCAGCAAAACCACAUUCACAGCCCUUACGAAUGCGAGGCGCCCCUCGCCCCGCUCGCCCCCGCCUCCCCCCGGCAUGUCAAAGACGAAGAUAGUCCCUUGCACCACCCUCAAGGGUACAACACCACCAGAAGCUACAACCAGGAUUUCAGAAAUCCACAUGUUUACAUGUCUCAACACUCGCCCGGCAGCCAGGAAAUGAUUUUCCGCAAGCACUACAAGGACGAUCGACGUAAACACCACCACGGCAGUCAAGGUGUUAACCACACCUACUCAGAGAUAGCUUCGCAACAAGGCAGAAUGUAUCGACGUGGAUCCGAACAGGAGUUCAGAGUGAUACAGGACGAUCCUGUCUACGAGGAGAUCGAGAGAAACGAGACUUUGAUGUCCGAUAUGUCGGACGAUAACUCUGGCCCCGACAACUGCCGACAAAACCCGGGACACCAUGGCUCGUCCUCGUCUAAAUUCUUCGGAGACCAUCGGCCUUUGAUAUCGUACAGUCCUGGAGAUAGACAUCAUCAUGAACAGGAGCAUUAUGGAAAGUACGGGAAAUGGGAUACCUUGGAUAGGGGGUAUGAUAGACAUGCGUACGAGAGCGGGAGACUGGUCCAUCCUUACCACCAGCCCCAGGAGAACAAUAUGAGAGCGCUGGCGGCUGUGCUUAAUGGAGAGAAUAACGUGGUCUGUCACCUCGAGCCUCACAACUCCUACGACGUGUACCAGCCACAAUCCGGCAACCCGAGGACCGUCUCCCAGCCUAGUUUCUGAAUCUCAUGAAUGACGUAAUCCGUUAUUUCGCUUUCAAAGACUUUGUACAGAUAUCUCCGAUUUUCUAUGGACGUAGAAUCGUCUUAGUGGACAGGUUUUUAAGUGAUAGCAUUUUAUGUAGAAACUUGCCAUAACGUGGACUUUAAAAUAUUUAUAUUUAUAGACGGUUAGAUGUAAAACUUAAAAUUAAAUCACUUUCUCCACUGUGAUCCUAUUUAAAGUAACGGCUCAAGUUUCAGUGUUGCGACGUUAUUCUGCGAUGUAAUAGCAAUUUGUAUAUACUUUUAGCGUUUAGUGUCCUAGUGAAUGUACUUCCGGUGUGACCUUACUAUUUCUACUGAGAAACCUUUCGGUUCUGUUUGGACGGAGAAUUAAACAAGUAGGACCUUUAGGAACAAACAGCGCGUUUUAAUUAAUGAGUGAAAAAAUAUUUUUAACUUUAUUAGGUAACUAAAAGAUCUAAAAUUAAUUACAUUUACA